CGUCGUAUUAUUGAACGGCCGCUUCCCUUCCAAAAUAUCCAUUUCCUGCUGAGAAGAAACGAAGAAGAUCGCCCUUGUGUAAGCUGUUCUGCUUUCGCUGACAGUAAAGGAAUGGCCUUUGAGCUCACAAUCUGCUGCUAAUGGGGUCAGCUUCGCUUGCUACAGCUAUGGCGCUGAAACUGCUUCAAAUCCCGUUUCCGAUUUCAGCUCCGCCGGCGUCGAACCCGUCUUUAAACCCAAACCCGGCAUCGUCCACGCCCCACCACCGCCCUUCCACGGAGCUCCGCUUCUCCCGGUGGAACAACGCGAACGCUCGAGAAUUCGAGGAGCGCCGGCGCUCGGUGAAGGAAAUCGAGGACGACAUCCGCCGCGCCCGUCGCUUCAAUUCCGCCGACAACAUCGUCGACACUUACGACCCGACUGCCGCAGCCCGGGCCGGACCUAAUGCCGGCAGCAAUUUCAGGUCCACGGGGACGCCUUCGUCGCCCUCGAGGUCGUCGAUACCCGGUCGGAGAUCCAAAUACUCCAAACCCGAAGAUCCGAAGGCCGCUCAACACCCGGCUUUCCGCCGAGUUGCGAGGGUCUCCAAACGGCCCCAACCCGUCGACCGGAAGGCCGACGUCAAGCUCAGCGAAGAUGGGCUAUCUUACGUAAUCGACGGAGCGCCGUUCGAGUUCAAGUACAGCUACACGGAGGCGCCAAAGACGAAGCCGCUGAAGUUACGGGAGCCGCCGUUCUCGCCGUUUGGGCCGGUCACGAUGCCUCGGCCGUGGACCGGAAGAGCGCCGCUGCCGCCAAGUAAGAAGAAGUUGAAGGAAUUCGAUUCGUUUCAGCCGCCGCCACCGGGUAAGAAAGGGAUAAAGUCGGUUCAAGCACCCGGCCCGUUUCAGCCCGGGACGGGUCCUAGGUAUGUGAAUACACGGAAUGAGAUAUUGGGGGAGCCAUUGACGAAGGAGGAGAUUAAGGCUUUGGUUGAAGGUUGCAUCAAGGCGAAGCGGCAAUUGAAUAUGGGAAGAGAUGGUCUUACACACAACAUGCUUGACAACAUACAUGCUCACUGGAAGCGCCGGAGAGUCUGCAAGAUCAAAUGCAAAGGAGUUUGCACUGUUGAUUUGGACAAUGUCUGCGAAGAACUCGAGGAAAGGACUGGAGGGAAGAUCAUAUACAAGAAAGGAGGAGUGCUGUAUCUUUUCAGAGGCAGAAACUAUAACUACAGAACUCGACCACACUUCCCACUCAUGUUGUGGAAGCCACACGCUCCUGUGUAUCCAAGGCUGAUCCAACAAACUCCAGAUGGUCUAACACUAGAUGAAGCCUCCGAGAUGCGCAAAAAAGGCCGGAAUUUGGUACCCAUUUGCAAACUAGGGAAAAAUGGUGUGUAUGCUAAGCUGGCUGAUAACGUCAGGGAAGCAUUUGAAGAGUGUGAAUUGGUCAGAAUCAAUUGUCAAGGGAUGAAUGGAAGCGACUUCAGGAAAAUUGGCGCCAAGUUAAGGGACAUCGUUCCAUGUGUGUUGAUUUCAUUUGAAAGUGAGCAUAUUCUUAUGUGGAGGGGAAGGGACUGGAAGUCCUCCCUCUCUAAACCAACUCGUACGAUUGAGCAAAUCGAAGGUUCAUCUUCUGUUAUGCCAGAACUAGAAGACUCGGAAGUACUGGAAAUGAAUAGCACUUCUCGAUUGGAAUCCACAGAGAGCCCUAACAUGUCUCUCAUAGCAUCUGAAGAAAAAGCAGAAAUUACUUCUAGUGCAGAAACUUUUGUGCCAUCAAUUGCUGGCAGUUCUGUUGCCACGGAAUCCGAAGCUACAACAAUCCACACCAACAGUCACGAAACGUCUUCAGGGAUCAAGAUUUCUGCAGAUGUGCAAGUUUAUGAAAGCGAAACCACUUCACUUGAUCCAAAGAGUGAUACAGACAGUGAAGAGAAAACUAUGAUUGCUCAACAUACCAUAGAAGCAGCAUUGACUGAUGAUACCAUCCAUGGAAAUGAAGUACCAAAUCAAGAAAGCUUGGAACAAGGCAUCUCAGAAGAAACCAUCCACCACCAUCCCAGUGAACCGACGAGCUUGAGCUUGCCGUGCCUACAGGGAGUUGUACGUCUACUGAACCAAGCAGUUGAAAACGGAGCAGCAAUUUCGUUGGACAGCAAGGAGUUGGAUGCUGACAACGUCUACAAGAGAACGGUUGCCUUCUCCCGGUCAGCUCCACAGGGUCCUGUGUUCCAGUACAGGCGGCGGAGGAGGAAGGAAGAAGUGGAGCCGACGGAGGACAAUGCAGAGAAUGAAGAAAGGUCGGAUGAUUCGGAGGCUGUAGAAUUUGCUCCACCAGCAGUUUUUGUGAAGAGAGGAGGGAUUGAGAGGAAAAGUUCAGGACUUGGGAGAAGAAGGAAAGGAAUGGAUGAACAGUUUGAGUUAGUGGGUGGUGCUGUUCAGGGAAGCUUGGGGGUUGAUGAACUUGCUCGGCUGCUAGCUUAAUAAGAGCUUUCUUGGGUUCCAAGUUUAUGUGUCUGUGCUGUACUACAAUUCGGGUUGAAUUAAAAAGAGAAAUCCAUGGAAAUUAUUCAAUAUCUAUUCUUUUGUAGUAAAAUUAUCCGAAAUUUCCACACACAAAAAAUUCUAUACAGAAAAGAACUCGAAAAAGAGAUUCAUAGCUAGGUUAAGGUACCGUGCAGGAAGAUCCGAGAUGAACACCUCCUCGUGGCAAAGCCAACAGUUAAAGUGAAAUGGUGUUCUUUCGUAUAAUACAAAUCCUUAAAAUAUGUGGUUGAAAAAUUUUAAUAUUCGAAUUUUCAAAUAAAAGUUUGAUAAAUACAGGUUUAUUAGAACAAUCACGACGUGUUUUUAUUUGUUUAAUAAAAAUGGUAAAAUACUUUACUUUUGUACACUUGAGUAAGUUUUUGUCGUGUAUCACUAUUCACUAGGCAAAUAGUCGACAAAUCACAAAUAAACAAGUUAUUUGCCUUGAAAUUUCGACGAAGACUGGUUUAGGAUGGAUAUGGGAAAAAUUUGUAAAGAUAUUGGCGGGGAUAAUGCGUAAUGAAUUUUGGGUCCUCCCCCUCAUACCCGCUCCAUCAAAGUUAUUUCUAUUUAUACAAAAAAAAAAUCAUUGUGUUUGUUAUGUGAUUUGUCAAUGGAAAUGUGAAAAUUGAAGAGCAAAAUAUCGACUUAUAUUUAAUUAGCCACGUGUACCUAUAUAUACCAAACAAGUGAUAGGAGUUUGCACUAUGGUUGUAUGUGAUUGUGUCUUUGUUGGCUUUGUGGUUUAUUAGCUCAAUUUAACGAUUGCACGUAGGGAACGACUAUCCAAAAACCGGCAAUUAUCAAAUUGUCAUUAUGAAAUCGUUUGUUUUAGCAAUGUAUUUCACCUUAAUUGCCUCAUUUAUGGCUAAACUAGUAUUAAAAGACAAUGUGAUCACAUAAUUUUACUUCCGGCAAACAAAAAUCCAAAGUGGAUAAGUAAUUCUCGAAAGUGAUUUUGAUAAUUACUUAAUAUAAUUCCUCAUCACCAUCAUUACAAUGUAUCUGAUUUGAUGUAAACUCCUUUGAUUGUAAAAAGGGGGCACGUAAUGCAAUUGGAACGCGUGACAUUGUUAUUAACAAAUAUAUUUUCAAUUAGACUAUAACUCUGUAUACAAAACAUAAAUAUAAUUGUAAUGCGGUUAUCCCAAUUCAAAAAAAAAAAAAAUUCAAAACCUGCCAAUUAACCCCAGUCUAGCUGCGUUCUACUUCUUCCCAUCAUUAUAAAACACGAAGAAUAACCUUCGAAAUCAAAUAGGCGAUCAAUUCAUGAAUGAUUAUUGUCUAGUAAGAUAUAUCGAAAGAAAUUUGUUGAACACUAUAUACAGUGAGUGUAUUACUGUACUACAUCUUUUACAUACUAUAAAAACAUGUCGUGAAUUUUUGUUAUAAGUAACGUAUACUAGUUCGCAUAUUUUUUUGUUAUUAUUUAAAUUUAUUUUAUUUUUACUCUUAUGAACAAUUUUUUUUUUAUAUAUAUUUUGGAAUCGGACACUCUCAUAUAAAAUUCCUUUGCCCGCCCUGCAUUAACCCAAAAAUUUCAUACUUCUUCCUAAACCGAUGAACUCCAAAUCUUACCACAAAUCAUCCUAAACAAUCUAUUAAACUAUUCUUAAAUUAAAAAAAAAUAUUUAGUGAACUGUCAUGACAUCCACCCCACCAAUCAGAUUAUAACACGUAACUUUGCACCUUCACCUCGGAAGCACAGUUUCGGUACAACUACGACUAUUAAUUAACACUUACCAUAUAAUAUAUUUAUUUUAUUUCC